UCGCCCACGGAGAGACAGAGUAAAGCUGGGCGUCCCUCGUUAGCAGUGGCGUGGUACCCGUCCGCUCAGCCUUGCCUGGGUCAGUAUAGGCCUAGCAGGCCGUGAUGUGAGGAACGCUGUACUUAUGUCAAAAUAUCAAACAAUCGGAGGGAAUAAACAGCGACAGCAGGCUACACGUGGAUAGGAAUACACAGAGGAGAAGGAGGCUCCACAAACCCCUCCUUACAUACACUUACAAUCGUAUCAAACUUCACCGGGUUACUUCAUCGGAUUUAAUUCAAUAUUAGCGCUGCUCCCAUACGCGAGGAGACCAAGUCUAGGCCGGCAGUGUUUAGGAAAUUAUACUAACUCGUUGCUUUUUAAACAUCUAGAAGUCAGAGAAAUCAUAUUACUGGUGACGGAUAUUGGUCUCCCACUAAAUCAGCAGGAAUCUGCUUCAGACCUCUGUGUGGACAUGUCGGAUAAUUAAAACCUCGGCAUUAUAAAGGAUUGGUAUUCCAAUAUCGAGAUAUGUGAAUGACACAGAGGGUGCUAUAGUUUGUAUAGAGGGUCACCAAGGUAGGCCACCUAGACCUACCCAGAGUACAUGUUUCGGUGGUACGGUCAAGGUCGAGGGCAGUGACGAAGGAAUAGUUCUGUGACGUAGAACACUAGUUGUGUAACAUUGACAUAUUGUGCUAAGAAACAUGGAAUACUCAAGACUGCUGUUGGGACUGACCACCUUCCUCGUGGUUCUGACCGGAUGUAGUACUGGACAAGAACCACCAGCAGAGAAACUUCUCCAUAGCAACCUGUUAGUGAAUGGCAGGUACAGCAAACUCAUCCGUCCUUCCGGUACCGACGGAAACAGUAGCGUCCAGAAGCUGACGGUCAAACUGGGCAUGCGCCUUACACAACUUCUCAACAUGGACGAGAAGAAUCAGAUCAUGACGACAAGUGUUUGGCUCCGACAAGAAUGGAUCGACGGCCGUCUGAAGUGGGACCCACGCGCGUAUGGCGGCUUACAGGUCACGCAUAUUCCCUCCAACGACCUCUGGCGGCCGGAUAUCGUCUUGUACAACAAUGCUGACGGGGACUUUGUGGUUACCCUGUUAACCAAAGCUGCCGUCCACUACACUGGUCUGGUGGUGUGGGAACCACCAGUCAUUUACAAGAGCUACUGUCCAAUCAACGUCGAGUAUUUCCCAUUCGACAUGCAGGAGUGUUUUAUGAAAUUCGGGACAUGGACCUAUGACGGGCACCAGGUGGAUCUCCGCCAUUUGUGUGAUUCCAAAGCUGUCAUGGUGGGCGAGAACGAACAGGUGAUCGAUAGAGGUAUUGACAUCCGGGACUUCUAUCAGAACGUCGAGUGGGACAUCAUUAACGUGACAGCACGGCGGAAGGAGAAAAAUUACCCGUGUUGUGAUCAGCCCUACUAUGACAUCAUGUUUAACAUUACAUUGAGGCGUAGGACUCUUUUCUACUCCCUAAACCUGAUCAUGCCAUGUCUGUCCAUUUCGUGUCUGACCGUGCUUGUGUUUUAUUUGCCCUCUGAUAGCGGGGAGAAGAUCACUCUCAGCAUAUCUAUCCUUCUGGCUCUUACUGUGUUCUUCUUACUUCUGUCUGAUAUCAAUCCGCCCACCUCACUCGUCAUACCGCUGAUAGGAAAGUAUCUCCUGUUUACAAUGAUAGUUGUGACUAUGUCCAUAUUCCUAGCCGUUUACACCCUAGGUAUCAACUUCAGAACUCCCACAACACAUAAAAUGAAGCCAUGGGUUAAACGUGUUUUUACAGAAAUUUUACCAAGGAUUUUAUUAAUGAAAAAACCCGACCUAGAAAGGAAACAGAAGGUUCCGAUACGUACGGUAAACGGGAUAGAAAUGAGAGAAGUUAGAAACAUUUACAGUGGGUCGUCCUCUCCGAGUACCUCUAAAUGGAGUGAUUCCCAUCCUUUCGAUAACCUGCACCACAGAAACUUGUCCGAGGAGAGGGCGGAAAUGAACAAAUAUCCGACGGAAGUGCGCGAUGCUCUCCAGGGCGUUACGUACAUCGCCAAUCACCUACGAUCAGAGGACGAUGAUAACUCGGAAGUCCGUGAUUGGAAGUACGUUGCUAUGGUGAUGGACCGUUUAUUCUUGUACAUCUUCACGACAGCUUGUGUAUGUGGCACGCUGAGCAUCUUCCUGUAUGCUCCCUCCCUCUACGACAAACGGCCUCCACUGGACACUGACGUCACUGACAAUUGUACAAUCUAGGUCACAGCGAUGCUUCGCACACACGCUACUCAACAUGUGACCACGUGAUAAGCAUUCACAAAGGAAUGUCACUGAUCCAACCAUUGUGAUCUCACUGUAAGAUAACAAAGAAGAAUUAAAAUUUUGGUUUUA